AUGAGACCUUGUAGGCUGGUUAUUUACCAAGUUUUCGGCGCAGUAUCGGGUGCUCAUUAUGAAUAAUGUCAUUAGAACCAGUUGGCGUGACGCUGCGACGUUAAUAGUGCUCAGUAAGAAGAAGGUUGUAGUUCCGUGGGAGGGUGUAAACUACGACAUACUGUUUCAGACUCGUACGGCGAGCGCAUCGUUCGCGAACAGCGUGGUGUUCCCCGGGGGUGUUACUGAGCCCUCGGACGCGAGCGACGAGUGGCUGAAGUUGUUUAGGAGUUUCGGGUACUCCCAGAGGCACUUUGAGGCGUUCCACAGCCCAGGGGCGCCGGUGACACCGAUACUACGUGAUAACCCUGUCAAAAGACACAUUGCAUUGAGAAUAACUGCAAUCCGGGAGACAUUUGAAGAGCUAGGCCUUCUCCUGGCCAGCACAGAACAUCAGAGAGACAGAAGCGGCCUCUCAGCUAGUGUGUUGUCGGAUCUUGAUGUCAAACUUUGGCAGAGCAAGAUAAGCAAAAACCCGGAGGAUCUCUUAACCCUCUGUAAGUCCCUCGGCUGCUACCCCGACAUUUGGUCACUCCAGUACUGGAGCAACUGGCUGACUCCGGUACACUUCCCGAAGAGGUUCGACACUGCCUUCUUCGUCACCAGCUUAGACGAGAGGCCAGAGGGUUUGAAGUCUAGCAACGAAGUAGUACAUGUGCAGUGGGCAAGCCCCGACAACAUCCUAUCAAAGUUCCACAAGAACGAGCUAGUUCUCUUCCCGCCGCAAAGCUACGAGUUGAAUCGCCUCCGCCUCGUGCCUGACUGUGAGGAGUUACUACGAUUCGCGGCCACACGGAGCGCGGAGGGGAAUGCCCUGCUCUACCCCGUGAUACUGAAGGCUAGGGAUGGCCAGCUGCAUCUGUUGCCAGGUGAUGAGCUCUAUCCAUCAAAAGUAGACUACAUAAAUGAUGGUCAAAUCAUACAAAAAGACAAGACAGUGCAAGAAAUAAGAGACAGCUGUCACACAAUACACCGUUUCGAAGCAAGCGCCGAUAAGCAGUUUGUCAUUAGAAACUGCAAAUUGGACAAUCACAUAGAUAUGGGCGAUCGCGUCAUCCCUGUAGCAUAA